AACAUGGAGGGGGCUCUGAUCGCCCGGGACCGAGUCGGCGUUCAAGACUUUGUCCUUCUGGAUUCCCACACGAGUGAAUCUGCGUUCCUGGACAACCUUCGCAAGAGAUACCGGGAGAACCUCAUCUAUACGUACAUCGGCACCCUCUUGGUGUCUGUGAAUCCGUACAAAGAACUGGACAUCUACGCGGUCAAGCAGAUGGAACAAUACAAAGGGGUCAACUUCUUUGAGCUGCCACCACACCUCUAUGCCAUAGCUGACAAUGCCUACCGGGUCAUGUGCACGGAGAACAACAACCACUUCAUCCUGAUCUCUGGGGAGAGCGGCGCUGGGAAGACAGAGGCCUCCAAGAAGAUUCUGCAGUACUUUGCCGUGACUUGUCCCACGACGGAGCAGCUGCAGAUUGUCCGGGACCGCUUGCUCCUCUCCAAUCCCGUGCUGGAGGCUUUUGGAAACGCAAAAACUCUGUGCAACGACAACUCAAGCAGAUUUGGGAAGUACAUGGACAUCCAGUUUGAUUUCAAGGGGACUCCCGUCGGAGGGCACAUCCUCAGCUACCUGAUUGAGAAGUCCCGUGUGGUUCACCAAAAUCCCGGGGAACGGAACUUCCAUGUCUUCUACCAGUUCCUGGAAGGAGGGGAAGAAGACUUGCUUCGUGGGCUUGGGCUGGAGCGUGAUCCUCAGAAGUACCUUUAUCUCGUACAGGGGAACUGUGCCAAAGUGUCUUCCAUCAACGACCGGAGCGACUGGCGGAUGGUCCGCAAAGCUUUCGCCGUCAUUGAUUUUGCAGAGAGAGAUAUCCAGAACCUCUUUGGAAUCAUUGGGAGUGUCCUCCACCUGGGCAACAUCCAAUUCGAGGAGGACAGCAACGGCCACGCCAUCAUCACCAACGGCACCCAGAUCAAAUGGAUCUCCAAGCUCUUGGGUGUCCACCUAUCCAUUCUACAAGAAGCUCUGACGAACAGGAAAAUUGAGGCUCGCUUUGAGGAGGUUUUGAGCCCACUGAAUGUGGAUUUGGCCUAUUACGCUCGAGAUGCCGUGGCGAAGGCAAUAUAUGGACGGAUGUUUACUUGGCUGGUUAACAAAAUCAAUGAGUCUCUAGCGAAUAAGGAUCCCACCCGGAAAACCGUCAUCGGCCUGCUUGACAUCUAUGGCUUUGAAGUCUUUGAGACAAACAGCUUUGAGCAGUUCUGCAUCAACUAUUGCAACGAGAAGCUCCAGCAGCUGCUGAUAGAGAUGACCUUGAAGGCGGAGCAAGAAGAGUACAAGCUGGAGGGCGUAGAGUGGGAGCCAAUUCCGUAUUUCAACAACAAGAUAAUUUGUGAUCUAGUGGAAGAGAAACAUAAAGGGAUUAUUUCCAUACUGGAUGAAGAAUGCUUGCGGCCUGGUGAAGCCACCGAUCUGAGCUUCCUGGAAAAGUUAGAGGAGAAAGUGGGACACCAUGCCCAUUUCCUGACCCGAAAGCUUGCAAAGCAGAAGAACCGAAAAUCCAUUGGCUGGGUUGAUUUCCGCCUCCUUCACUAUGCAGGAGAGGUGACCUACUGUGCAGUAGGAUUUCUGGAGAAAAAUAACGAUCUUCUCUACCGAAACCUUAAAGAGGUGCUGUGUAAAUCCAAAAACGGCAUCGUCCGGGAAUGUUUCCACCUGUCCGAGCUGGAUAGCCGGAGGAGGCCCGAGACGGUUGCAACUCAGUUCAAAAACAGCCUGGCGAGUCUGAUAGAAAUCCUCAUGUCUAAAGAGCCGUCCUAUAUCCGGUGCAUCAAACCCAAUGACAGCAAGGAGCCGGACAAAUUCGACGACUCCUUGAUCAGACACCAGGUGAAGUACUUGGGUCUGAUGGAGCACCUGCGGGUCAGGCGGGCCGGCUUCGCUUACCGUCGGAAGUACGAGCACUUCUUACAAAGGUACAAAUGUCUGUGCCCAGAAACUUGGCCUCACUGGCGGGGCUCGGCGGCCAGGGGAGUGGAGAAGUUGGUCAAGCACCUUGGGUACAAGCCGGACGAGUAUAAAAUGGGGAAGACCAAGAUAUUCAUCCGUUUCCCGAGAACUCUGUUUGCCACUGAAGAUGCCUUUGAGUACAGGAAACAUAUGCUAAUUUCCAGAGUGCAAGCUAAAUACAAAGGAUGUCUGGGGAGGCGCGAGUACCAGAAGAAGAGGCAAGCUGCCAUCAAGUUGGAGGCCCGGUGGAGAGGAGUUCUGGCACGCAAAGAGGCCCAGAGGAGGGCGUGGGCAGCUGAGACCAUCCGGAAGUACAUAAAAGGCUUCAUAAACCGAAAGCAGCCCCUGAACCCUGAAAACGAGGACUACGUGAAGCUCACGCGCUACACCUACAUUAUGAAGCUGAGGGAGCAUCUUCCGAAGACCGUCUUGGACCAAACCUGGCUUCAGCCACCUGCGCUCUUGCAAGAGACUUCUGAGCACCUGAAGAAGCUCUGCAUUAGGACCCUCGUGAGGAAAUACUGCCGCAGCAUCACAGCGGAGAGGAAAGCACAAAUGCAGCAGAAGGUGCUUGCGAGCAACAUUUUCCGUGGGAAGAAAGAGGGCUAUGCCGACAGUGUGCCCGAGCCGUUUGUCGAGACCAGGAUGAAGGAGGACGAUUUACACACCAAAGUCCUGCAGCUGAUCCGCCACGAGAAGAUUAAGUACGUGGCCCCCGUGGUGAAGUUCGAACAGAAAAACUUCAAGCCCAGGGACCGGCUGCUGGUCCUGACCCGGGUUUCCUCUUACUUGGUGGAGGCGGCCAAGAUCAAGGAGAAGGUGGAGUACAACAUGAUCAAAGGUUUUUCCGUCAGCGGUCUGAGUGACGGAAUCUUAGUCGUCCACGUGGCGGAAGAAUGUAAGCAGCAAAAGGGAGACAUCAUUCUGCAGUGUGAAAAGCUGUUUGAGACGGCCACCAAACUCUGCUUGGCGGCCAACAAGGAGGACAUUGCAGUCGCCCAGGGGAGCCUCAUAUACAGCUUGGGGGCUGGGAAAGAAUCCAGCAUUGUUUUCACGACGGCACACGAGUCUCGGAUCUACAAGGCCAAAAGUGGACUACUGACGGUGGUAUCGCCCAAAGUGAAGAAACCCUGA